AUGGAGUUAUUUAAAACAGGUGAUUGGAAUUUAAAGACUAAGAAGAUUGCAUUUCAAGACUCUAGCACUAAAAAAAAACUGCAGUUGUUCGAAAAGCAGAUAAAAAGUAAGAAUAUGGAUAAGGAUAAGACCAAAAAGAAACAAAAAUCAAAACAGAAGAAGGCAAAAGUGGAUAAAGGUGAGAUAGUAGCAAACAGACAAGACUUAGAGGUGAAAGAGGGAAAUGAUGAUGAAGUUUCAUCUAAAGUUAAGCCUUUCGUUGACAAUAAGAAGAAUGGUUCAAAUAGAGUCAGUAAACCUGCUUUAAAUUUAGCCAUGAAAAACUUAACUCCCUUACAACAGAAGAUGAUGGCUAAAUUGUCAGGGUCCCGUUUUAGAUGGAUUAAUGAACAGCUCUACACAAUUUCUUCGGAAGAUGCAUUAUCUCUUAUUAAAAAACAACCUGAAUUAUUUGAUGAAUAUCAUGAUGGUUUUAGAUCUCAAGUAACAACAUGGCCAGAAAAUCCAGUUGAUGUUUUUACUAAACAAAUAAUUGAUAGGACAAAAAGACCAAUUAAUGCGCCAGGUGGGUUACCAGGUUUACCAAAUUCUAAGGAAAUUGUUAUUGCUGAUAUGGGAUGUGGUGAAGCAAUACUAGCAUUAAAGAUUGACCAAUAUUUUGCAAAAUUCAACAAAAAUAGAAAAUCAUUUAAAAAAUACAAUCAUAAAGUCUACUCCUUUGACUUGAAAAAGGUUAAUGAAAGCAUCACAGUGGCAGAUAUUAAGAAUGUCCCCUUACCAGAUAAUUCAUGUACUAUUGUUAUAUUUUGCCUUUCACUAAUGGGUACAAAUUUCUUAGAUUUCAUUGAAGAAGCUUAUAGAAUACUUGCCCCAAGAGGUGAAUUAUGGAUUGCUGAAAUCAAAUCAAGAUUUGGGGAUGGAAAGGGCGAUGAGUUUGUAAAUACUCUAAAAUUAAUGGGGUUUUUUCAUAAGAAAACUGAUGAUGAGAAUAAAAUGUUUACAAGAUUUGAAUUUUUUAAGCCACCACAAGAUAUUAUCGAUGAAAGAAAAGCAAAGCUAGAAAGAAGACAAAAGUUCAUUGAAGUUGAAACAGCUAAAGAAGAGUUAGAAAAAAGAAGAAAAGAGGUUGCUGAAGGUAAAUGGCUAUUAAAACCAUGUAUUUACAAAAGAAGAUAA